CCAUCACACUGAUAUCGGACUAGACGGUAGAACCAUAUAGAGUAAGAACAACGACGAUCACGAAUGUUGUCUUAAGUGUUAACAUAAAGCUUUAUUCUACGAAUAUUUCAUCAAUUGAGUGCUGAAAAUGGGGUUCGUCUGAUAUGUGGUGAGUCAGCCAAUUGGAUUGGAUACUAUAGAAGUGUAGAUGAUGUGAGCAACAUUGAACACCUAUGAAGUACUUCAACAACAACAGAGCACUCCUUCUCAAGUGGUACAAACGGUACACAUGAUGACCUGACUUAACCCACGGCAAACAACAGAACCAGGCAUCCUCACAUUAUGUUUUAUGUUACUCAAGCCAUGGAGCCAUGUAAUUAUACUUGAGAAAAUAUCAAAAAGACUAUACAUCAUCAGAGUGCUUUUGUACUGAGCCCACUGCUCUACGGGUAUUAAGCUGACUUCUUGAAAGCUUCUGAGUGACGGGUAACAGAACUGACCAUCAUGGACAAGUAUGAAAAAUUGAACAAGAUUGGCGAGGGUUCAUAUGGGGUGGUUUUCAAAUGUCGGAAUAGAGACACGGAGGAGAUUGUUGCCAUCAAGCGGUUUGUGGAGUCCGAGGACGACCCAUCGAUAAAGAAGAUUGCCCUGAGAGAAAUAAGAAUGUUAAAGCAACUGAAACACAGGAAUUUAGUCAAUUUACUGGAGGUAUUUAGGCGGAAGAGAAAACUUCAUUUGGUUUUUGAGUACUGUGAAAAGACUCUCUUGAAUUCUCUGGAUGAAUAUGCCAAAGGGAAGUUAAUUGAGCACCAGGGAACGCUGGGAGGAAUGCCAGAGGAAAGAGUCAAGAAAUGGAUCAAUCAACUUCUAGAAGCUGUCAAAUUCUGCCACGAUCACAAUUGUAUUCACAGAGAUGUCAAACCAGAAAAUAUUCUUAUCACAAAAGAUGAUAUGCUGAAGCUGUGUGACUUCGGGUUCGCAAGAAUAUUAACGGGUCCAGGUGAUGACUACACUGACUAUGUAGCUACACGGUGGUACCGAUCACCAGAGCUCCUGGUGGGUGAUACCAAGUAUGGUCCUCCAGUGGAUGUAUGGGCCAUCGGGUGCGUCAUGGCUGAAAUGUUGACCACUGAACCACUCUGGCCGGGACGGUCAGAUGUAGACCAGCUCUAUCUCAUCCGGAAAACACUAGGUGAUUUAAUUCAAAGGCAUAUGAAUAUCUUCAGCACUAACGCCUUUUUCCAAGGUCUCCCACUCCCAGAGCCUAAAGUAUUAGAGCCGUUGGAUUUGAAGUUUCAUGAUUCUCCGGAUGCUUUGAAAUUUCUGAAGUCCUGUUUAAAAAUGGACCCCCAAGCAAGACUUACAUGUGAGCAGCUCCUGAAGUUGGAUUUUGUGCAGGGGGCUGGUGAGGAACGAGAUAAAUCAGAACGAGUGGCUAGAGGGCGCUAUGGCCAGAGGGCACAGGGUCGAUCCAGGCAUCAUAGAUGGUACAAUCCUAACCCACCGCCACCACCACCACCACCACUGCCACCACAGAAUCACUUCUACAAUCUGCCUCAGUUGACCAAUAGCAACAGCACUAUGAAUGCAGCCGUAGCGGCGGCUGCAUCUCCUGCAGAGACCAAGGUGACAAUCAAAGACAAGGCGGACAAGCACAAGCUGGACAAGCACAAAUCCGACAAGCACAAGUCUGACAAGUCAGAUUAUCGCCACUUACCCAAUAUCUCUAACUUCUGAAAUGUGUGGUCAGGCCAGGGGCCAGUACCCGUAGCUGCACCUUUGCCCCAACCCAACCCCCUUCCACAUCACCAAAAGAGAAAGAGCAUGCUCCCAAUGUAUUCCGAUCUGGAACCUCUGCAACAACCGCCUAAAGUUGAGGAAGAUUCUCAGUACUCAAACUGGUAUGCAGACAACAAAAAACCUGCAGCGAAACUCUGUAGCGAAUCUCCUGUGUGGUCUAAAGACAAACAUGCUGGCAAAGGAAGCCAUUUUAGGAAUGUAGAAUGGAGAGGAGAGAAUGUACAAGCACAUCAAGUGUUGUCUGACUCACCACAUCACCACCAUUACCCAUUCCCAAUACCACACCAGCCACACCCUCAUCAAGGAGAUGCACAACCUUCUAAACUCAUUCCAGAUUACCUCAGGAAAGAAAGCCGGAGCGAGUGCGACUCGGCGUCUCCGAUUGAGCCGCCGACUGAUUCUAAAAUGCUGAAGAAACUGAGUACAGAGAUCCUGUAUGGCAGACUUGAGAGCCGCAGUGAUUACAGUCACUCUCCUGCGUCCAUUCAGAUGCACGAAGACCGGGGAGCUCAGCGGACUGCUGGAUCAAACAUCUCUGGUCAAUCGGAGAGCAGCUCACGCAGGAAUGCACACGCCACCCGACCCUCGAUUCCUAAGUUGGAAGGAGGCAUUGCUACUAAGCAGUUCAAAAGGUGACAAAUGGUUCAACAUUGAGGAUGGUCGGAAUUUCUUCCUUUUUAUAGUUUGUUAAAGAAUACAAACUCAAGCAGAAUGGCCUUUAAAUCCUUUGUAAAACAGACGCGUAUGUCUAAGCUUCUAAAUUACUGCCCUCUAUGGGUGAAAACAAAUCAGUGGCAACUCAUGUUCAAAAGGUUGUUGUUUACAAUUAUCACGGUUGCAACAUUUACUUCACAGAUAAUUUUCACUGUUUGCACAGCGAAUGACAAUUUUCCCCUUAAGUUUUGCUUCAAAAUUUUAAAAAGAGAAUGACUAGAUUUGUACAAAAAAAUUACGUGUUGGCUUUAUCUUUGAGAAGAAAAAACAAGUUUUCAAUUUGCUUUUCAGUAUUAGAAAGUUGUACUCUUGUGACCUUAGAAAAAGAAAGAAACUAAAGAAAUGAUACCCAGUUUUUCUACAUGUACAACAGUCAUCUAGGAUCACAUUUAUAGAGUAAAUUAGCGGACUUUGAAUGGUUGUAUCAUGGGGUUUCCAAUUUGAUUAUGUUAAGUAGAGAAUAUUAUGCUACAUGUACAUGUCUUACUCACUGAAACAUUGAAUAUGUCUUGCAAGGUUUAAAACAAAAUUAUCUUCCUUGUAGGGUGCUGUCUGUACUGUUGACUUGUUCUAAAUUAUUUUUUUUAGGCAAUUUAUUUCCACAUUGUUUUCAUUAACUGCCUGGCUGAGCAAGGUCCUGACCUCAAUGAUGUUUUUCAAGAUCUAGAAUUGGUACCUGUAGUCAAAAAUACCUUUCUACUCGUUGGGCCCAGAAGCUUGCAUUCAUUUGUGUGCGAUUUACUCUAAAUUCAAGGCCAGUUAAUGCACUAUUUGCAAUCAUUACUAUAGAAAUUUGAAUUUUGUAUAAAAACAUGACUUGCUGUUAAACGCGCGCGACAAGAGUUACUGGCUAAACUUAUUUGCUCCAGGCCUCUGAUAAUAGUUAAAGUCUAUCUUUUUUGCUUGCUACCUGUGGAUUUAUGCUCGGCAAAUUCAAUUAUGUAGUCUCAUCAUAUUUACCACCCCAUACUUACUAAGAUAUUUUGGUCAAUGGUGUUAUCUACCCCCAUAAACUGCUCCAUACAAUCUACACAGAUACAUACUGUAUUGUGAGGAAAGUUUGUCAGUAGAAUGUGCACUCCCCCUCCCCCCCCCCCCCCCUUCCCGGUCAGUCAGAAAUUUCCUAGAGAGGUGUAGGUCUGAACCCAUCCUUGAACUAACCCCUUGCCUGGCCUAAAAAGCACAUGACAGAUUACUACUGCCAAAUAAUUUAUGUAUAUAAUGUGUUGAUAGUUACAUUAAGGUGAAUAUGUUGGUAAACCAACAUUGCUAUUUACUGGGAAGAGAGAACAUUGUGUUCGCAGGUUUUAUGACUUUGAUUUCACAUUUAUCCGAGGUGUUUUAUUAUGUAGAAGGGUUUUUAUAUGUCCAUAGCUGUGUAAAGUGAACGGAGGGGAGGGGGCAUCACUUGUCAGUCUCUUUUAAGACAGCGAUGGAGUACGUGUUACACAUGUAAAAAGGAUGUUUUGAACUUGUAGGAAGUUGUAUUUUUUCAGGACAAACAGUGAUGGAAACUUACAAAUGGCUUCAUAUUUCAGAUGUUAUAGUAUUGUUAUAUCUCAACACGUGUUUGGGUAUUAAUUUGAAGGCAUUUGGUCUGGUAUCAGAUCACACUAUGCUGCCAACCAUGAAAUUAAUAGGGACCUAAAAAAUACAUUUGAUUAUGGAAAAACGAACAUUUCUUCAGCCAACCUUGCUAAAUGAAUGAUUAUAUCUUUUUUUUUUUUGUAAAAAUUCUACUGCCUUAUGUGUGUUAUGAGGUGUGCACUUCUGUAGUUCAGUUCUUUUGACGCUAUCUCAAUACGGAUCCUCAUGUUAAAAAUCAUGGGUCGUACCGUAUCUUUUCGAUAUUAUAAUGUUAUAAAUACACACAGUAAUUUCUGGAGGCUAAACUCAAUGAUGAGUUGUCACUAUUUAAUUUAGAAAUCAUGAUGAGAAAUAAUUAAAUGUUAUUUAAACUGUUUCCGUAAGUGUGAAGUAUUUGACAUACUUUUAAAAGAAAAACAGUCAAAUUUUAGUGACUGUUUAGUACUCAAAAAAGAUUUUAUAGAAAAAAAAAUUCUGUAUUGUAUUGUUUCUAUGUGUUUCUGAUUUUAUAGUACUGUGACUUCACAAUGUCAGUCCGCCAAAACACAAACAUAGUGAUGAUUUUCUUUGGGAAAUUAUGACAUAUUCUUGUAAUUAGCCGUUGUUUUUUUUUGGUCGUUGCACCAUGUGUAGCUGACAAGAUGGCUAUCAACUAAAAGAUAUGCAGUCUGGUGAUUUCUUUCCUAAACCACAGCAAACUAUCAUGUUGGAUUCAAUUUAUCAAUGUUUCAAUGGGUUAAAUACCUAAUAAAUUCAAGUCCUUUUUCUUCCUGUUUUCUCAAAAUGAAACUUUCCCACAUCAACAUUUCAAUUUUAGGUGAUCAAAACUCUAGCACCAAAAAAUGUAAAUUCAAUUUAAUUUAUUUGCUCUUUAUUAGAUACCAAAAAGGGUAAACCAAAAGCCCCAACAGAACAUUAAAAACAUACACAUAUAUAUAUACAAUUACAAGAAAAAACACUUAACAAGCGAAAUGUAUGUGUUUAAAGAAAACAAAAACAAAACAGGUCAGCUUUGUGUUUCUUGAUUACUGGCGCUUUAAAAAAAAAAUCAUUUUUUGGGGUGAAACUAUUAGCUGUUGGAUCAUAAUCCUUAUCGUGGCACUGUUAAGUUGAGUUGGGUUAAUUUAUAUUUGUCCAUAUUUGUGGGUUUUCUGUUCUAAACGACCAUAGUGUCAUGACCGAUUUGACAUUGGUUUGAUCAGCACUGGGUAUGAUAUGAUAAUAUUGUAGAUUUUUUUGAUUGGAUAAUUUGCAUGUAAUGUACAGAUAAAAAUAAUGUAGCCUUAAAUAAUAAAUAUGACAGAAAAAGUUAUUUAGAAGAACUGAA